AUGGCCCCGAACGCUCAAUUGGAGCCUCGCGAUAGCGGCCGUGAAACCAGCGGGGAUCAUGCGUCCACUGUAGACGAGACAUCGCGGCUUCUGCCUCCGGCCGCGCAGGAUGGCGGCGCCGCAGCCGUUCCCGCCCCGAGCAGAGCCUUUCAGCUCCGCGUCCAGCUCAUGUGCGCCGUCUUCCUCUUCAUCAUCGACGUCAGUGUCUUCAUCAUCGACCCUCCGACCCAGCAGAUCCUGGAGGACAUCAUCUGCCGUGAGCGAUAUGGCGGUGACCCGUCGGUGCUGCUCGCCAAGGGCCCCGGCUCUCCUUGCAAGUCUCCUGACGUGCAGUCCAAGCUGGCCAUGUUCACAUCCAUCCAGGCCCUCUUUGGGACUCUUUGCCCUCUGCUGGUUCAAGUUCCCUAUGGCCUCCUCGCGGAUCACUAUGGCCGGCGGCUUGUCCUUUUCCUCUCCAUCGCUGGAUUGACGCUCAUGGUCACAUGGAAUAUCUUCAUUCGUAUGUACUUCUCCUUGAAUAAACUGCUGCACACCCUGCUCACAACCCUUUCAGUUUGGUUCUCUGACUUCUUUUCGAUCUGGCUUAUGAUACCUGGCUAUGUUCUGCUGCUUAUCGGAGGCGGAGCUACCAUGGUUGCCGCCAUGGUUUGGACCAUUGUGACGGAUGUCACGCGUGAAGAAGAGCGAUCCAGCGUCUUCUAUCAAUUGGUUGCCCUCACUCUUAUCAUCAGCGCCUCUAGCAAUCCCCUCACCGCGUGGCUUAUGAACUACAGCCCUUGGCUGCCGACAUUCUUGGGUACCGGCUUCCUGUACGUGGCCUGCUUCUUCGUGCUCUUGAUGCCCGAGACUCGCCUGGUUGGCCUGGCCCUCAAAGACGUCCCCGACAGCCCGGAUGGCGAGGUGAGCACCGACGAAGAUAGUGACCCUGGCGUCAAGGCCGACAGCAUGCUCUCCGCCGCCUGGCACAAGUUCACCAAGUACCUCGCCGAGCUCUGGCAGUUUGUUAUUGCGGACAAGAAAAUUAUGGCUUUGUGUGUUUGCGAGGCGGUUUCAACCCCCAUCGCCACAUCGAUGGUUCUUUUCGCCUUGCAGUACAUUGCUGCUCCCCUCGGAAGCUGGUCGAAAGCACUGACUUUGUUGACCAUCUCCAAGGUGACAUCUGUUAUCCUUCUCCUUGGCAUUCUCCCGCUGUCCACCCAUGUAAUCCUCAAAUAUUCCAGCAUUGACCGGAUGAAGCUGGACAUCUACUUGGCGCGAACUUCGGCCGUCUUGCUCACACUGGCAAUGUUCGCCAUGGGAUUCGCAGAUACCGAGUGGGAGCUCAUUUGUGCGCUCAUCAUUUAUGGGCUGAGUCAGGGAUUUUCCGCGCAGAUGAGAGUACUGAUAACCGCCAAGGUAGAACCGCACAUGGUUGCGACCGUGAACACCACAAUGUCCACUCUGCAAUCCGUGAUGGUCAUAAUAACGACACCUCUGAUCGGGUGGUUGUUGGGUAGGGGAAUGGAGAUUGGCGGAGUGUGGACGGGACUGGCAUACAUUGUGCUGGCUGUGAUGGGGUGUUUGGUUACCAUCAUAUUAUGCUUGCUUAGACUCUGA